CAUCAGUCCCUCGCAUUUUUUUGACAUCGAGCCACUCCGAGCCAGAUGAACUAAAUCUUUGGAGUAAAACUUUUUUAUCUUAAUUUGGCCACAUAGAAUCUUCUCCUUCUAUAAAGACAGGGCCAAAAUCGUUGAGCGUAGUCAAGAAUAUCAAACGCCAUAAACCAAUACCACAACAACAAUCUACGGCAACGAUGGCGGCUGAUAUUGCUCACUCCUCGACCAUCCAGCAUAUUUCGUCACAAAGCUUCUUGUCACCAGUCGAUACUUCAUUAGUCUAUUCUAGACGACAGCGAACGUUUACAACAAAUCAUGUCCCACAUACCAUUGAUGAGUUGAUGCGCCUCCGAGCUUUCCAUCAACCAGAAGAGCCAAUCCUUGCAUACCCAGUUCACAAUACAGACUACGUCGAAUACACAUACAGGGAACUUGAUGUGUUUGCAUAUCGUGUCGGACAGCAAUAUGUCCAACACACGACGCAAAGACGGUCAUCCGCUGAGAAAGAAAAGGUGGUGGCAUUGCUUGGGCCAUCUAAUCUGGAUUAUUUGAUUUCAGUGCUUGCACUGACCAAGUCAGGUUUCACAGUGAUGUUCCUCUCAACAAGGUUAUCUGAUGCUGCGUACCUGUCGUUGUUGGAGAGUACACAAUGCCGAGACAUAAUUAUCCACGAGUCGUUUUCUACGACCGCAGAGCGAUUGCGGAAAACAAUGCCUGAUUUAAGCGCUUAUCCAAUUGCCCAACCGGCAUCUUACGCAUUUACAACUCGAGAGAAUGACCAGGAUACUUGCCUGGAUUAUCAUCUCGAUCUCGAGCUUGAGGCUCUGAAAAUUUGCUGGAUUAUCCAUUCAUCGGGAUCCACUGGAUUGCCAAAACCAAUUUUUCAAACUCAUAGGGCUGCUCUUACGAAUUAUGAAAACAACCUCAAUAUGCGAGGGUUCAUCACGUUACCACUAUUCCAUGCACAUGGUAUUAGCAGCGUUUUUCGAGCCUUCACAUCGAUGAAGAAGAUUUACAUGUAUAAUGCGAAUCUACCACUCACCCAUAACACACUACUCAGUAUCAUGGCUGAGCACAGUUUCGAAAUACUUUAUGGCGUACCGUAUGCCCUAAAGUUACUUGGAGAGACCGAGGAAGGAAUUAAGGCUCUCGUCAAAUUGCAAGUGGUGAUGUUUGGUGGAUCUGCGUGCCCUGAUAGUCUGGGGGAUAGGCUAGUCGGCGCUGGGGUAAAUCUCAUCAGUCACUAUGGCACUACGGAGACUGGUCAAUUGAUGACCUCAUUCAGAGACCGCAGUGAUAAAGUUUGGAACUACCUACGGCCAUCAGCCACCUUGAUCCCUUUCCUGAGAUGGGAAUCUCGGGGACUGGACCUUUUCGAAUUGGUUGUGUUAGACGGAUGGCCUUCCAAAGUGGCGACAAACAGAUCAGAUGGUUCUUAUGCGACGAAAGACCUUUUCACACCUCACCCCAGCAUCCCAAACGCUUGGAAGUACAGCGCACGGCUCGACGAUACAAUCGCACUUCUCAACGGAGAGAAAGUUGGCCCAACUGACAUGGAACAGGCUAUUCGCGACAACAAAUACGUCCGUGAAGCAGUAGUUUUCGGUAACGGGAGGCCUCAAUUAGGCAUGAUGAUUAUUCCAUCCAAAGAGACAGCCGGCAUGCCUGAAAGCCGGAUCCUUGAACAUAUCUGGCCAGUUGUAGAGUCAUCUAAUGCGGCAGCCCCAGGAUAUGCUAGAGUCUCCGUGGAGAUGUUGAAGCUUCUGCCAGCAAGCUCGACGUAUCCCCAAACAGAUAAGGGAACUGUUAUUCGCCAAGCGUUCUACAAACUCUUUGAGAAAGAGAUAGAGGAUGUUUACUCAACAUCUGAGCUAUCACCAUCAACUAAUGCUCCAAGCACAGAGCCUGAGAUCCGCGCCUUCUUGAAGGAGAAGGUCUGCACCUUGAAUGGCCAAGGAGAGCUUGACGAUGACACCGAUCUUUUCUCCGUUGGCCUUGACUCCUUGCAAGCUUUACAGUUGCGUUCGCUCAUUCUGAAGAAGCUUCCGGUGUCUGGGAAGGUACUCGCCAUGAAUUUUGUUUUUGAUUUCCCAUCAGUUAAUGCUCUGACCAGAGAGCUAGUUUUGUUACAGGAUGGCCAAACUUCUAAAUCAAUACCGGUUCAAGAGCAGAUGGCUCAAUUAAUUGAAAAAUAUGGAAGCUUUCAACAUCACAUACCAAAGCCUAAUUCCAAUGAAGGCCAGUACAUUGUUUUGACUGGCGCAACUGGGUCACUGGGAGCACACAUCAUAGCCCAAAUAGUACUGCUCCCUGGCGUUAAACAAGUCUACUGCUUUGUUCGUGCCAAAUCAGAAAGCGAUGCCAUCACGCGCGUUAUAUCCUCGAUGAACACCCGAGGCUGUUAUCAUCAGUUGCCCCUUGAAGCUCGAAGAAAAAUUGUCGCGCUUCCAUCAGAUUUCUCAAAAGAGGACUUAGGACUUGGCUCGGCAGUAUAUGCUGAGAUUGCCCUCAAUAUUACGUGCUUGAUCCAUUGCGCCUGGUCUGUGAAUUUCAAUUUAAGUCUCCAGAGUUUUGAGAAAGACUGCAUUGCAGGAGCUAAGCAUCUCAUGGGCCUUUGCUUGUCAGCUGGUCGACCAUCACCUGCAGCAUUCAAUUUCUGCUCCUCCGUCAGCGCCGUCGCAUCAACGCCUCCAGGAGAGGCCGUUGUUGAGGACCUCCCGCCCAACUUGGAUUAUGCACAAAACAUGGGCUAUGCACAGUCUAAACUUGUGACAGAGAACAUCGUACACCAAGCCGCAUGUCAGACCGGAAUGAAAGCACGCACCUUACGUGUGGGCCAAAUUGUUGCAGACACACAACACGGAAUCUGGAACGCAACCGAAGCCAUACCUCUGAUUCUACAAGCCGGCAAGACCAUUGGAGCCAUCCCUGCACUUGAUGAGUCUCCUCUCUGGCUACCUGUUGAUGUGGUUGCGAAAGCGGUAUCCGAAAUCUCUAUCUCGGACUCCCCGGCUGGAACCACAAACGUCGUAGCUACGCAAUCCUUCCACUGGACGCGCGACCUUCUCCCAAAACUCCAUGCCGCCAGCUUGCAGUUCGAAGAACUCGGUCAACGUGAAUGGAUCUCGCGUCUAAAGGCGUCGAACCCAGAUCCAGUGCAAAAUCCACCUAUCAAGCUCCUCGAUUUCUUUACCAAGAAAUAUGACAACGACAACAUCGUACGCAAAGGCCUACAAUAUAACACCCAGCGUGCACAAAGCCUAUCGCCGGCUCUCGCGAUGGCGGAGAUCCUGAGCCAAGAACUCGUUGACAAGUUCGUUGGUCAUUUCAUCACCACAUCAUGGAAAACCACGGAAAAUAUCCAAGGCACCAUCAUCGUCGUCGCUGGGCCAUGUGGCGCUGGCAAAUCCACUGUAGGCACAGAGAUUGCACGUAAGCUGAAUUGUUCAUUUAUCGAGGGCGACCAGCACCAUGAUGUCCAAGCCCUGGCUAAGAUGGCGAGUGGCCAAGCUCUCGACGACGAAGACAGGUGGUUGUGGCUUGCGCGUCUACGAGCUAAGGCCGAGCUCGAGAUCUCAACGAAUGGUAAGGGUGUGGUAGUUCUGGCGUGCUCCGCGCUGAAGGGCAGAUAUCGAGAUGUACUGAGGGGUGUAGGGAAGAGGAUUAGAACCGUGUUUGUGAUGCUACAGGUUGAGAAAAAGGUUGAGUUGGCUAGAAGGCUGGAGAUGCGGACGGGCCAUUAUAUGAAGGCUGAUAUGGUGGAGUCACAAAUGGCUAUUUUGGAAGGACCACGGGUUGACGAAAUUGAUAUUUUGCCAGUGGAUGCGAAGAAUAUGCCGCAGGAUUUAGCAGAAGAGGUUUUCGGUGUUCUAGGAUUGUAAAAUAUAAAUUAUAGGGAUAGUUUGAACUAGAAG